AGGACGUGGCGUUCAGCAGCAGUGCCAGCGCAUUUCUCACCUUCGCUUUCCCGACGCUGCGCUGCCCGCGAGCGAUUUCUCUCAAAGACGGCGGAGUCAAUCAAGCAAGGAGGCAUUCAAGAUGGUCGGCCCCGCUGCGCCGACGGCGAGGGCGGCGGACGACCCGCUCCCCGACAGCAACCGCAGCGACAGCGCAGCGAAUGAGCCCUUGACAAGUAGCGGUGCAGAAAACGGCAGCGGCGGCAGCGGGAUGUCUCCUCAAGACGACGAGCGCCGCACCAAGCUCGGUGUGCUGCUCGUGAACCUCGGGGCCGCCUCGGAGGAGAAGGUCUUCGGCAGGAAAGGCUCCGCUGCGAUGCAGGCCUACCGCGACGGCAACAUGACCGACUUACUCGUCAUCCACCGACCCACCGACGACGCGGCGGCGCACCCCUUUCAUUGGUACAACCCGUGGACGUGGUGGUCCAGCGGGCCGCAGGUGUCGCCGCUCGUGCGAGUGCCGGCGGCGGGGAGCGCGUCCUCAGGAGGGCCGCCGUCCGGCUCAGCGGAGACCGCCACCGUCACUGCAGCCGUCAACAGUGUUGUGGGCGCGACACAGGCAGACGAGACUGAUGUUCCGCCGCCGCCCCCUGCAGUGGAGCCGACGGUGAAGCCGAAGAAGAAGAAGGGGCUGCCGACGGUGGACAUGCGGCCGUUGAAGGACGACGAGGUGGCCGCGUUGACGCCUGCAGUGCAGGAUGACCGCGCAAAGCUGCUGAAGACCGAAGCGCACCUUCACACGGCACUGCAGAACAUCGAGGACACGCGGUACCGCUAUCUGGUCCCGUCGCGCGAGCUGCACUGCGAGGCGGAGGUGGCGGCGGUGGUGAGGUGCUACUCCGAGCGUCACGAGGCCUUCGCGGCUGCCACGGCUGCGGCGUUGAAGGCGCAGAGUGCCGCUGAGCCGUCGGAGUGCGUACACGCGCCGGCGACGGCGAAUCCGGUGGUGCGGGCGGACUUGCUCGCGUGCGGCCCCGACGUGCAGCGGCUGAAGCGGUGUGCGGAGGCGGUGGCGAUGACGUACAGCCACGACGGUGAAUUAAAGUAG